GCAACUAAGCGAAGUACGGCUAGACUCCUCAUUCAAAUGCCAAUCAAUAAACUCCCCUAGCACUUUUUUCUCGUUCGACUAAUGUUACAGACAACAGGGAAGCCUUACAAAUUACAGUGAUUGCUUUGAAAUCAGUGAGACACCGUGAGAUUUAGUAUGUUGUUCAGUGAUUGUUUUAGAUUUGUGGUGCAAACAGAUACGAUGUCAUCAUCGGUCUUGUAACGCACACACGACCAGCUCCAAAAUGUCCGCCUUUCGACUAGAUUCGACUUGUAACUGCGUUAUUUUGUCAGUCAGCUCUUCUCAGCAACCUCCACCUCCACUGCAAGUCAUGUUUCGACGUUUGCGGUAACAUUGUUUCAACCCUGCAAAUGCUAGACAGCAAUGGUCGUCAAAAUGGCUGGGAUGGAUGAGCAUGAGAGAAAAAUUGUCGUCGAGUUCUGUCAUUUGCUUGAGAAAUCAAAGCAACUGUUCAACGGACUACGGUGUUUCACAUUUUGCAGCGACCUGCCGCAGUACGGCCACAAGCAGUGGCAAGCCUAUUUCGGACGCACCUUCGACAUCUACACCAAGCUCUGGAAGUUCCAGCAGCAGCAUAGACAAAUAUUGGAUACCAAAUAUGGCUUGAAAAGAUGGCAAAUCGGAGAGAUAGCGUCCAAGAUCGGCCAACUCUAUUAUCACUACUACUUGAGAACGAGUGAAACAAAUUAUUUGAAUGAGGCUUACUCAUUCUAUGCCGCCAUCAGAGGGAGGGCAUACUAUUCUAGAGCUGCAAAGGAAGAUCGAUCCGAUCUAAUGGUUAAAAAACUUCGAUACUAUGCACGUUUUAUUGUUGUGUGUCUUUUACUAAAAAAGAUGAAACUAGUCAGGGAUCUUGUUAUGGAAUUGGAUAAGCAAAUAGUAGAUUAUACGAGUACUUAUGAGCCUGAUGACCAGUUAGAGUGGUCAUUAGUUCUAGAUGAAAUUAAGAGUUUUAUCAAGGCAGAUGGAAUUGUUAGUGUAUUACAUGCCGACUCCAACACCAUAGUAUUAUCACAUAGGUUAAGCCCACUUACAACACCUCCGGUUGAGAAAUCAACACAAAUGAAUUUAUCAUUACAAGAAAUAUUAAUAGUUGGGAAUUGUAAUGAUCAGGUUAAGUUUAGUGAAUUAACAAUGGAUAUGUUUAGAAUGCUGCAGACUCUAGAAAGGGAGCCACAAGAUGAAUUCAAUCAUAUUUAUGAUGCAUCUCCAGCACCUGGAAGGAUACCUUUUGAAAAAAGUUAUUCAAUAGCAAGUGCAAAAGGAGGCGUGCCUGUAGGAUACCCAGUAGUUACAGGGUGUCAGGAAAAUGGUGAUCGCCCUCCCAAGCGAGAAAAUCCACACAAGUACCUUCUCUACAAACCGACUUUCAGUCAAAUUAUGGUUUUCCUAGCUUCAGGUUUCAAAGAGUUGCCAGCAAACGGUGCACUAUUACUAUACAUUUCCGCUGAUGGGUGUUUCUCAACAUCAAAGCAUCCUGGUGAUUUGGGGUAUGACCUGGGAGGUGUAGUAACAAGUAGUAAGAAAGAGGUCGACCAUGCAAAUAAGAAAGGAUUGCACCUGAAAGAGAUGCAUUGCUUGUACCCAGGAGACCUGUAUCCCUUCACAAGGAAGCCAUUUUUUGUGAUAGUCGACUCAGACAAUAGUUUUGUUUUUCAAAACAUUCCGCGUUACUUCACGCAGCCUUUAGUUAUUCUAAUGUCGCCUCAAGACAUUCCUCCAACGUUUCAAGAUCAACACCACAACGGAAGUCUGUUCACUCUCUUUCUGCACAGUCCGUUGACAGCCUUCUGCUUCAUCUGCAACAUCCUUAGUGUACCAAUCCACCACUGGGAGCGGUGUCAAUCGUUCAUAGAUAGAUUUGUAACCGAAGCUAGCAGGCUAUUCGCCAGAAGUAGAAUUGAUCCAGUGUACCUACAAUUUUUCGGUGAUGAUUUUCUGCGACUCUUACUGCUUCGUUAUAUUUUCUGUGAUGUUGUUCUCCACCUCCAUAGAGCAUUCAAAGGCAGACAACUAAGGCCCCGAUGUCAACCAGCCUUGCCUGACACCGACCUCUUGGAGCACCCCGCUCUUCAGCACCUCGUCCUAGAUCUGGCCUCCCACUUGGAGGUCAGGUCACACUUCAUAGAGACCGCCGAAAUGGACUGAUUACAGGCAAGGGGGCCACUCCACCUCCACAUCCACAUCCACCUCCACUCAUCGGUUCCUCCUCUUCUUCUAUCUCCCGUAAAUGCAUUGUUAAUUAUCUACUACUACUCUAUUAUUAUCGUGUCUCUCCUUCUUCAAACUGAAUUCAGCUGGGGAAGUUCGAAAACAAAUCCUAUUCAGCUUGCAGAUGAUAGUGGAAGUUCGAAAACUACUUCUAUCCUGAUGAGAGGAAGUUCAAAAACAAUUAUUACUCCUAUCCAGCAUACAUGUGAUAGGGAAUGUCUAAGAACUGCUUCCAUCCUUCUCAUAGGAGAUAGGGAAAGUUUUAAAACCACUUCUAUACUGCUUGAGGGAGGUUCAAAAACUACUCCUAUCCAGCAGACAGAUGAUAGAAGAAGUUCGAAAACUACUCCCAUCUUGUUUAGAGGCAGUUCAAAAACAAUUACUCCUAUCCUACGUACAAGUGGUAGGGAAAGUUCAAGAACUACCUCUAUCCUUCUCAUAUACGAUAGGAAAAGUUCAAGAACUACUUCUAUCCUUCUCAUAGACGAUAGAGAAAGUUCAAGAAUUACUUCCAUCCUGCAAGGGAAAAGUUCAAAAACAACUAAUACCCUGCUUGAAAUUGGUAGAGGACGUUCAAGAACUCCCUCUAUACUUUUUAUAGACAAUAGGGGAAGUUCAAGAACUACUUCUAUCCUUUUCAUAGGCGAUAGAGAAAGUUCAAGAAUUACUUCCAUCCUGCAAGGGAAAAGUUCAAAAACAACUAAUACCCUGCUUGAAAUUGGUAGAGGAAGUUCAAGAACUUUUUCUAGACUUCUCAAAAACGAUAGAAGAAGUUCAAAAACUACUUCUAUCCUGGUUGAGGGAAGUUCAAAAACAACUUCCAUCCAUAGGGGAAUUUCAAAAACUUCUCGUAUUUUUUUCGCAGGUGAUAAGGGAAGUAGUUCAGGAACAACUCCUAUCCAACCUUGGGGAAGUUCAAAAGCUUCUACUAUUAUUUUCCCAGCUGAUAGGGGAAGUAGUUCAAAAACACCUCCUAUCCUAUUUGAAGCUGAUAGGGAAAGUUUGGAGAGACUUACUACUAUUAUCAUCCUCCUUCUUCUUGAAAAGUUGCUGUACAAAAGUUUCAAUCUAUCAUCGUCAGACAAUAUGAACUAUAACAAAGUUUUUCCUAUAUGCUUGAGUAAUGAUAAAGUAAUUAUAAUUGUAACAAUGUAUACAGUUCAUAUAGAUAUUUACUGUUUUUCCUUGUCAUCAUCAUCAUCAACAAAAAUUCCAAUGACGUAUUCACAAAAAAGAUGCGACGACAUAGGUGGGAGGUCAUCAAUGAUGUCUAAAGUGGAAAUAAAAGCAGGGAUCACUUCUGUUGAGAAGAUCAGUAAGUCUUUAUCAAAGAAGACCUCAGCAGAAAUCAGGAAAAAAAUCACUAGGAAUAACAGUAUGUUUUCAUCAAUGAUCACUCUAGAUAAAAUUGAAACAAGAAUUCUAACGAAUGUUAGGAACAGCAUUAUAUUGAUGUCAACAAUGAUACCUAGAAUUGCUAGGAAUUUGAAAAUUACAACAAUAUUGAGUAAUAUUUAUGGGGAUCCUCCUAUAGAAUUGUUCAGUUGUUGCAUAAUUAUUGUGAUUGAAAAAACAAUUUUUGCAUUGGAACCAAUGCAAAGAAUUUCAGUGAAUUGUGAAUUAUUCAUCUACGUCCUUGUGAGAAGUGUCUCGAAGUUUGUCGCAUCUAGAAUACGUUUUUGGCGCUUUUUGUAUAGUUAACAGAACUUGUAGUGUAUCCGGACAGUUGAACAAUGUUUUGAUACACUCACUACCAUUAUCCUGUUUCCAAACUUUCGUUUACGUUGAGAACUAAGAUUUAGGGAAUAAUUUGAAGGUAUUCUGGGUUGAGCUUGGAUGAGAUGAGCUUGUAA